AUAUUGAGCUUGCAAUUUGGCUCAGCGGGCAUGUACCUUAUCACCAUGGAUGCUCUUAAUAAGGGCAUGAGUCAUUAUGUGUUCGUCGUAUAUCGCAACGUCAUCGCCACUGUAACUCUUGGCCCAUUCGCAUUUUUUCUUGAAAGGAAAGUUAGGCCCAAGAUGACAGCUCGGAUAUUUUCACAGAUUAUGGCAGUGGCUUUUGUCGAGAUAAUACUUGAUCAGUGCUUCACCUUCUUGGGGAUGAAGUUAACGUCAGCAUCAUUUGCAUCUGCUGUGAUGAAUUCCGUACCCUCCAUUACCUUCGUACUAGCAAUCAUUUUUCGGUUGGAGCGCAUGAACAUUAAGGAGCUAGGAUGUUUAGCCAAAGUGGUUGGCACUGUAGUUAGUCUUGGAGGUGCUUUCCUAAUGACACUGUACAAAGGUCCAGUUGUUAACGUUGCAGGGUCAUCAGCAAGCCACGCGAGCCAGCCUGAGAAUGUGAACGACCCCACUGGUAGUCACUGGCUCAUUGGUGCUUGUUUUCUCCUCAUAGGUUGUGCAGGCUUCUCUGCUUUCUACAUUUUGCAAGCUAUGACAUUGAGAAAGUACCCAGCAGAAAUGUCUCUGGCAACCUGGAUUUGCUUUGUGGGUGCACUUCAAAGCUCGGCAUUGACUAUUUUCAUGGAGCACGAUCGCCCUCAUGCCUGGUCUCUAGGCUGGGAUUCUAGACUUUUAGCAUCUGUAUACUCGGGAAUAGUAACAUCAGCGAUCCAAUUUUACGUUCAAGGCAUGGUUAUUAAAACUACGGGGCCAGUGUUUGUGACUGCAUUUAACCCCUUACGUAUGAUCAUUGUCACGGCCAUGGCCUGCAUCAUCCUCUCAGAGAAACUCCAUCUUGGAAGCAUUAUUGGAGGAGUGGUGGUGGUUAUUGGGCUUUAUCUAGUCGUGUGGGGCAAAGCGAAAGAACAGAAACAAGUAAUGCCACCGUUACCUGAAAAGGACACCCAACAAGGCCAACAACAACUACCAGUUACAAUACCCAGAAGUGAUGGCAAUGAUAAUAAAGCUCAAUUAGUCAUAAUUGGAGAUAAGAACAACGACGUGGAAGCCAUAAGAUCAAGUGUAGAGGGCCAGUCACAGUAA